AUGGCUGCACACCAAGAAUCUAUCCAUGAGAGACUUCAACCGGCUGCAGACGAGCCACUAUACUUGCAUCAUGGAGCGGCAGUGUGGCCUGAUCAAGCAGAUCACCAAGAGGAGCACAGCGCAGACAUGUCCUACUACAGCAUGCCUAAGAGGAACAAAAGAAAAAAUUUCAAACCACGGUGUGCACCGAACGCUACCACAUUUUCAGAUGAUUCGAAUGGAGGCAACGGUGAAGCUAGUCCUAUCAAUGGCAAUGAAAGAACGACGCCGGAACACACGGAAGAUGACAAAGAUGAGACAGGCUACGCCAAAAUAGGCGUGAAGAAUUUCAGCCUACUGAAAGGAGGAGCAGUAGAUCUCAGCAGAAGAUUGAGCACCGAUUCUAACGAAAACAUAGAUUCUAAUUACCAAAAUAGAUUACCUGAUGAUAAAAAAAUUGACACUUACCAACGGUCUUAUAUACGUAGCUUACAAAUUAAUCAAGAGGCUGAGAGGGACAGGACACUGUUGAACUUUAGUAAUUUACAAAACAAAACUUUCUGUGCCAAAAAUCCUUUUGCUAUAUCUCAAUUGAUUAAAACUAAUUCACCGCCUAGGAGAAGGGAGUCUGAAUCAGAUGAUGAAAAUAAGGGACAAGAUAUUAAUGCUAAUGACAGAUUAGGAGAUAACCAAGAGCCUAUGGAGGUUGUUGAAGCGCAACAAAAUGGUGACGCUUCCAAUGCUACUAAUAGAAUUUUGAGGGAUUACGCAAUGAAUACAAUGAAGGAGCUACUCGGGAUCUAUGGUUUAUCGUCCAAUGAAGUUGCAGAUGCUAUCAGUGGACAAAUAAGAGCUUUGGAAGCACUUCAAGGUAAGCCGUUCACCCAGUUGCCUCUAAGCUUAAAGAGACGUCAUGAUUCAGGAGUAGAAGAUGUGACUGAUAGAAGUCUUCGAAGGUCCUCCUCUGCGACGGAAGAUGAAGGUUCUACUAAUAUCACUCCGCCUAAAACACCUGACAAUGAUAUAGAAACUCAAAGGCAAAGGGCAUUGCAAAUAAUCAACCAGCAAUCAAUGAGAUUGUUUGGCAGGUCUCAUGUUCAAGAAGAUGAUGGCAGUGGAUCUGAGGAUGGCGAUCAGACUCUGGACUUAAGCGUUUCCAGAGAUACUGAUGGCCAGGGUUUCUUUCAAAAGCAAUCGUCAUUGGAUACAGAAGAUUCGCAAGAACGAAAAUUGCAAGCUAGUGGUCUACUGUCUGCGCUGAAUCAUUUGGAUCAAGCUCGGAAGAAUUCUCUUCAGACCACAGUUGAUUACUCUAGAUAUGUCAAAAGGUAUAGCUCAACUUUGGAAUGUGGUUCUUCAUACUGCAAAGACCUUGGCUAUCGGGAACAUUUUCACUGUAUGGACUGCACAGCUAGGGUAUUCUGCAAAAAGGAAGAGAUGAUCAGGCAUUUUAAGUGGCACAAGAAGCGCGAUGAAUCUUUAGCUCAUGGCUUUAUGAGAUAUUCUCCGUUGGACGACUGCUCGGAGCGGUUCAGUGACUGCCCACACAACCGGAGUCAAACUCACUACCAUUGUAUUCAAGAUGGUUGCGAUAAGGUAAUUAUAACGGAUUGUUGAAAUAAAAUAUAGCUCGGUGGCGUAGUGUAUAAGCGCCGCCGCCCGCGAUCGUUGUCGUUAAGCAACUUUCGCAAAGGUCGGUCACGGGAUGGGUGACCGAAAAAUUAUUAUAUCGAGCUACUCCGUGCUUCGGAAGGCACGUUAAGCCGUUGGUCCUGGCUGCAUUUGGAGUCGUUAAUACCCUCCAAUCCGUAUUGGGGCAGCGUGUAGGGUCAUGGAACAUCCUCCUUAACCAUCCAUAAGGAAGGCCUGAGCAUGUUGAAGAUGUUGAAAUAAAAUAACUAAUAUUGCGAUGAUUGAUCUGGUUGUUAA